GCUACUCGAGUACAUGCCACCCGAGCUUGCCCUGAUUUAUUCUUUCCUCCUCGGACCAUCUCACAAUCUCACUCCGAGCUGAUAUUUUUAUUUCGGUUUAUUCUGAUCAACUUCUUCAGCUUGCAUCGACAAACUUGAGUGAGAAGCCGCCAUCACCUAUCUUCUUCCAUAUUUUUCGAAUCCGAUAUUUGUUUGGAGAGGUGGAGGAAAAGAGAGGAGGCUUCGAUAGACACGCCAUUCCGGAUCGGUAUCACUGGUUGAUUUCUACUGCGGUUGGGAGAGGGGGUCCUUAGGGCCUACGGUGUUAUUAUUAUUAUUAUUAUUAUUUUUCUUUGUUCCGUUUGCUGGGUGAUUGCUCUGGCUGCUUACAGCCUUUUUUCUUCUCCUGUUCCUAAGAUUUGGUAAGUUCUCUUAUCCAAUCAAUCGAGCACUCUCUCUUCCCCUUCUACCGUGUGUUCUGCAAAUUCCACACCCUCCGGACAGCCAGUACCGGUACGGGAGCAAUGCAACUCCACUCUUCGUGUACCCCCCAUGCAAGAUAUUCUGGGAUGGAUGGGAAGGCGAGCGAACGGGGGAACAGACACCCGAGAGGGAGAAUAAUGAGAAAGGGAGAGGGAGAGGGAGAGGAAGGGGGGUAUUGAACUUCGCUUCAAUACCCUAGUCCCUACUCUUCGCUCAUGUUCCUCCUUCUCUGCUGCGGGGUUCUCACGAUUUCUUUCGAGAUUUUUACUUCCUUGAAGCGGUGGCUGAUUUAGGGUCGUUGUUCUGCAAGUAAACACAAUAUUUCGGUGGACCGGUCGUACCAGCGGUGGUGAGAUUUUAUUUUAUUUUGCACGUUAUUCUCGUCCUGAUCCUAAUUUCUUCAGCCCUUUAUCGGGACAUCAGUAGAUCUGACAAAGUGUCCGUGUAGCUUUCAAGGCAAGCAUGUCCGGCAUGGGGGCAACCUUUUAUCCUGGAAAGGACGAUUACAUGAUGCCAGACAUCGCCAUCGUUUCUCCAUCACCUCAGAGGUUCGUACAGGUACUUUCUUUCUUUUUCCUGAUUUUCCGGGCAUCUUUUUCGUGUACUUUUCCCUCUAGUUCCCCCCCCCCCGUAUCACUCUAGCUCGGCCACGUUGUCCAGGUGUUCCUGCCACUUAAUUUUCUCUUUCCCUUCCCCCAGCCUCUAUUGAGCCUCAAGAGUUUCUGCUUUUGGUGGAAAGCUGAUAUCUUUCACCGCAACCAGAGUUAUGCCAGAGGUUCCCGUUCAGAUCGCCGACAGCUUAGAGCAUCUGGAACUACAAUCUCAGGACGCAAGAGCUCCUGUGGGAAACGAUGGUUAUAUGGAUAACAACAACUAUCAAAACGAUCGAAGCCAUCCUAGUAGCCAACAACAGACCCGGAAUAACUAUACAGAUUCCUACGCGACCCCUCCACCGUCCUCUCAAGGCCACGGAUCUCGACCGAUGAGUGAAGAACACGACACUCGAUCGAGCCAUGGAGCUUUGCCGUACCAUUCCUCGGUAGCCGAUGACUACCUAGCAGGGUUCCAGACAACCGACGAGCCUUCGUUUUCACCCUUCCCGAAACUCGUCAACCCCGGUCCGAAUAUUCCACCAACGGAUGAAGAGAAGGGUGAUCAGAUUGAGGCAGCUCGCUUGGCGGUCCUAUCCUCGAAUGACCCGGAAAUGCAGCUGAUAUGGGCGCAGGAUGCAUUGAGCUAUGUUGAAGUUUGCGUGAGCUACCUCACUCGGAUCGCAGAACCUCCUGGAACCCGGCCACAAACACCCACGGUUGAACACCAAAUCAAGGCAGAUGCUUUGAGUGUCGUGACAUUUUUGGCUGACCAACACCAUCCACGGGCAGAAUUUAUGCGGGGAAAUUGGUUAGAAUUUGGAAAGUUUGGCUAUAGGGGUGACAAGAAGGAGGCUUUCAGGUGUUAUGCUCGAUCUGCGGAAAAAGGGUUUGCUCGUGCGGAGUAUAGGAUGGGGAUGCAGUAUGAAAACUCUAAUGAAUCCAUAAAGGCGAUUAAACACUACAACCAGGGGGCAGCAAUGGGUGAUUCAGCUUCAAAUUAUGUUGGUCAAGAUCACAUAUAUACGGGCUGAACUGGUGCUAAUUUUGUUCUGUAGAGACUUGGAAUGAUGACCUUAUUGGGACAGCACAGCCAAAAGCAAGAUUACGCUAAGGGUGUUCAUCUUAUCCGACUUGCAGCUCAAACGGCUGACGAAAACGCUCCCCAAGGGGCUUACGUAAGUGAACAUAUAAACUCCUUUCAGUGGGGACGCUCUUGCCCCGGUAAUUGACGGUCCCUAGGUUUAUGGUAUGUUGCUGGCUCGGGAAUUGCCAGGGAUUGAAAUCCCGGAUCUAUUUUUACCUCUUGAUAUCCGACAAGCGAAGGAAAUGAUUGAGAAGGCAGCAUUCCUUGGAUUCGCAGUAUGACUUGUCAUCCCGAAUUACGCGUUGCACCACCACUAAUAAUUUCAGCGUGCGCAACUCAAAAUGGGGACUGCCUAUGAAUUGUGUCAGCUUGGUUGCGAUUUCAAUCCGGCAUUGUCUCUUCACUACAAUGCAUUGGCCGCCAGACAAGGUAGAGAGUACUUAGCCCUUUUUGGCACUCGAGCCGCACACUAACGUUAGCAGGUGAGGCCGAGGCGGAUAUGGCCAUUAGUAAAUGGUUUCUUUGUGGCCACGAAGGCGUUUUCGAGAAGAACGAAGAGUUGGCAUUUAAAUACGCCCAGAGAGCGGCAUCGACUGGACUUGCCACAGCCGAAUUCGCACUCGGGUACUUUUAUGAAAUUGGAAUGCAUGUUCCAACCGAUCUCAAGGAAGCUCAGUUGUGGUAUGGAAAGGUAAGAGGGCACCUACAAGAUGCUGGAUUGGAUACAGUUUUUGACUUGGGGCUAGGCUGCUGCACAUGGCAACAAGGACGCUAGUGGGCGUAUAGAGGGUAUCUCACGAUCAAAGACCCUGUCUCGAAAGGAUCAUGAGAGUGUUGCUAUAUCGAAGAUAAGGGCUCGACAUGCUUCUCAGAGGCGAGUGGUUAAUCCUCUUACCCAGAGGCGCCAGUCGGUGGUUCCGCCUAUUAUUAGUACCAUUGAGGAAGCUGUAGACAUGCCUGAUCCUACUAUUCCCCCUGGCGGCAAUUACAACUACCCACCGGGGCCUCCGCCAAUGCAAGAGCCUCCUCGGCCAUUGGUGAGGCAGGGUACCAUGCCUAAUGUUGAAACUAGCUUUAUUGCCCCGGAUCUUGGCCAGAGUUAUGUGAAUCCCGGUAAUGGGCCAUUAUCUGCUGUCCAGCCUCCCAGGAGGCCUGGAACCGCAGCCCCAUAUCCCGUCCGGUCGGGCUCUGCGGGAUCCGGGGUUCUGCCCCAUGCCAGGCCAAUGUCUGCAGUUGGUUACGGUCAGAAAUCCCACAUUCCCGCUAGGGUCCAACUUUUCGACAUGCUAACAGACAUCUAUCUUCAGCUAUGGGGGCCCCAGCUGCGAUUCCUCCAGCAGGCACUUACCCUGGAGGCCCAUCACGUCCCUUCACUGCCAUGGAUAAUCAAGGGCGAAGACCUCCCGGAGGGAGACAACAGCAGCUUUAUCCGGGUGCUGACGAAUACUCCUCGCCUCAGGGUCGCCAAGGCCCAGGGUAUCCGGGGGGAUUUAAUGGAGAGCCGUUCCCUCAUAUCAGCACGCCUAAGCCAUCCCAGAUGCAUGGAAACCAAGGAAUUAAACCGCCUGGGACUCCCAUUGAUAUUGGAUUUGAAGCUCCUGCCCCCAGACCAAAACCAGCGAAAUCUCCUGCUCCAAGCGUUAUGGGAGGGCUAAACAACAGGAACCCUAGCGCCGGAGACAGGAGGCCUGGGAGCUCGCUCGGUCCUUACGGCCAACAACGACUAUCGAGCCAACAGGGCCCUCCAAACAAGGCACACGGAAGUCCGCCAUUUGGCCCUACCCCGGGUCCUCCAUCCCCUCCAGUCAACCUUUCACAAACGCCAAAGCCACCCCUAUCCAGUGCUACCCCUAAACCACAGUCUGCACCGCUCCCAAAGCCACCAGGAAAAGGACCCAAGACUUUUGAAGAAAUGGGUGUUCCCCAGCAGACCAAGGAACAGGAUUGUGUGAGUAUUCCUCAGGUCCGGCGGCAUGUUCUCUUCCACCCGACUAAUAGAGUUUUGUGCGUACAGGUUAUCAUGUGAGGCGGUUAUAUGGGCUAUAUAUACCAUCCUUCCGUUGCGUGAUAAUUGCUUUCCGAUUCCUUGACACACUUCAACUAUAAUAGAUGACUCGAUUGUGCUUAUAGUCUAUGUAUAUUCUGGCUAAAAGAAAGAACAAUCCGGAUAUUGAGGGGGGAAGGCCAAGACAGGCUGAAUAA